AUGCUAAGUGUUGAAGAAGCCCGCCAACAGAUGCUGAAUACUAUUCCGGUUUUGCCCACGGAAAAACGGGAAAUUCUAAAUUGUGCUGGCUACGUUCUCGCAGAGGCACUGCAUGCGGAGGAGAAUAUCCCUCCGUUUGACAAUUCAGCGAUGGAUGGGUUCGCGGUUCGCGCAGCGGAUGUCCAGAACGCUUCCGAAACGAAGCCUGCUGUUCUCACAGUCGUUGAGACAAUUGCCGCAGGAUAUGCCCCAACAAAACAGGUUGCCCCUGGGCAAACUUCGCGUAUCAUGACCGGGGCAAUGAUGCCUGAGGGUGCCGAUGCGGUUGUGAUGCAAGAGGUGACCCAGCGAGAUGGGGAUGAAGUCAAGAUUUUUGAGGGAGUUGACAAAACUGGGAACGUCCGUUUCACCGGUGAGAGUGUCGCGAAGGAGCAACAGGUAAUGGGAAAAGGGAAAUACCUACGUCCGCCAGAAGUUUCAAUGCUCGCCUCUCUUAAUUGCCCAGAGGUCACAGUCUAUCGCAAACCUACCGUUGCGAUUGUCUCGACGGGUGAUGAACUCACGCCACUCGGUGAACCGCUUGAACCGGGAAAAAUUCGAGAUAGCAACCGUUACGGUCUCUACGCACAGGUCGAGGAAGCAGGCGGCAUACCGAUUGAUAUGGGUAUCGCUCCUGAUGAUGAGGUAGAAACAGAGCGCAUCUUUCGUGCCGCACUCGCGAAGGCUGAUGCCUUGAUUACAAGCGGUGGUGUUUCGGUAGGGGAGCACGACGUAGUCAAAAGUGUAUUGGCGAGAUUGGGAAAGAUUAACUUCUGGCGCGUCGCGAUGAAGCCCGGGAAAACCGCAGGCCUUACGGCAUUUCGGACGGAAAACCUAUUUUGGAUUGCCGGCAAUCCGGUCUCUUCGCUCGUUGUGUUUGAACUCUUCGUGCGACCCGCGCUCCUCAAAAUGGCGGGACAUACAGAACUGUUGGCGUCCGACCUUCAAAGCCACUUUAGCUGA